AUGCAUAAAUCGAGAGCACCAUUAAAUGAUUUACUGAAGAAAGAAGUAAAAUGGAAUUGGUCGAUAAAGUGUCAAAAUGCUUUAGAAGAGAUAAAAGUGAUUAAAACAAUAUUAAUUUCUGAUUUGUCAUUAGGUUAUUUCGAUCCUGAAAUAGACAUUGUUGUUAUUUCGGAUGUUUCAGAUUACGGAAUAGGACCAGUCUUGUUACACAAGUAUAAAGAGGGAAAUAUGAAGCUAGAAGUUCGUGCUUCACGUUCGCUGAUAGGAACAGAAAAAAAUUAUAUUUUCACACAGAUUAUCCAGUACAGUACGGAAUAUUCAUCUGUCGCGAAAAAGAUUUGCAAAGAAAGAAUUGAAUACUUGAGUUCUUCAACUUCAACGCUAUUGAAGUCUUCAUCAUUGCUAUUUCUGCCUUUUGACUCAGAUCUCAAGUGUACGUCUUCAAGGAUUCCUACUGGUGAUGGGAUUGGUAUGUCUGGCCCAUCGGCAACAAUUCGCAAUGCAGAUGGAAUAUUUGGAUAA